GUAGUCUUCCUCCUCCCACUUGGAAGGUGCGAUCGUUACCACUUCAAAUACAGGUGUUUGACAGGUAGACUGCUAAGUUGGGACUGUUAGUGCCGGCACUACUCUGCUCCUGUCAUAACUUCUCCGGGAAAAGGUGCCAUUUCUGUCCUGAGUUACUGUCCCCAGUGAGGGGCGUGGACAGUGGGCACUCUUGCCAACGCCUACGAUGCUUUCAGGCUGUGCAGCUAUCGGCUGGGCUGACCAUGGCCCUUUCUGUGGAGACGGAGUCGCAUAUCUACCGAGCUCUGCGCACUGCCUCUGGGGCUGCAGCCCACCUCGUGGCGUUAGGCUUUACCAUCUUUGUUGCUGUGCUUGCCAGACCUGGCUCCAGUCUGUUCUCCUGGCACCCCGUUCUUAUGUCUCUGGCUUUCUCCUUCCUGAUGACCGAGGCACUCCUGAUGUUCUCUCCUGAGAGUUCCCUGCUGCGGUCCCUCUCUCGGAAGGUCCGCGCACGCUGCCACUGGGUGCUCCAGCUGCUGGCCCUACUCUGUGCUCUGCUGGGUCUAGGUCUUGUCAUCCUCCACAAAGAGCAGCUUGGCAAAGCACACCUGACCACUCGGCAUGGGCAGGCAGGGCUGUUAGCUGUGCUGUGGGCAGGUCUGCAGUGUUCAGGGGGCAUGGGGCUGCUCUACCCCAAGUUGCUGCCCCGAUGGCCCCUGGCAAAGCUGAAACUCUACCACGCCACUUCUGGGUUGGUGGGCUACCUGCUGGGCAGUGCCAGCCUCCUGUUGGGCAUGUUCUCACUCUGGUUCACUGCCACUGUCACUGGUGGUGCCUGGUACCUGGCUGUGUUGUGCCCCAUCCUCACCAGUUUGGUAAUCAUGAACCAAGUGAGCAAUGCCUACCUGUACCGCAAGAGGAUCCAGCCAUGAGCACUCACCAGUUAUUACGAAGGCUGGAUUUGCACCUCAGCUUCGGACCAGGAGCUCGGAACCUGUUGGACUCUCACAACUGACAGGGUCUGGGGACAUUUCAGGGACUAGGGCACUCAGGGGUAGAUCUCCUCACACUAGAGUGUCUCCCUUUUCUUGCUGUCAACCCAGGGGAGCAUGGUCAUGUGUCUGGGUGAAGUUGGAGUUGCAACAGUCUCCCCAGCAGCCAUACAGCUUAUAUUUGUACUGGUAUGUCCAGAAAUCAUGGAGGAAAGAAAAGUAAAAUAAACAAACAGAAUCCUGAAAACCUGUCGGGAGGAGCAGCGCAGAGUUGAGGAUGGUUCUUGCUAAUGCAUCAUGGUAAGAAAAUGGUCAGCUGGGUAAGGAGGGGCCCCUCCUUGAAUGGGAGUCCUCAGAGCCUGCUGUGAAACUUCCUCUGAUCCCAGUGCAUUGGGGGGCUAAGUGUGGACGGCACAGCUAUUUCCAGCUAAUUGUGCUAGAGUCUGGAGACUAUGGCCAGUGACAGGAGAUGGACUUAGAAGUUGAACCAUGGUCAUUUGUGGUGGCGGGCAGAUCUCUGUGAGCUCUAAGCCAACCAAGGCUACAUAGUAAGAUCCUGUCUCAAAAGGGAAAAAGAAAGUAGAAUCAUGAACAAGAGAAAUUUGCCUUCUGUUUCUGAGACAAGGUUUCAAGUCUCCCAGGUGGGCUUUGAACUCACAACAUGGCCUAGGAUGACAGACUUCAGAUUCUCCUGUUUCACCGCAGUGCUAGGAUUAUAGAUGUAUGUACCAUGUAUGUCCAUACCAUGCCCCACUUAUGUAGUGCUGGGACCCAAACCCAGAGCUCUGAAAUGCUAAGCAAGUGUUCUGUC